AGUGUCUGAGCCUCGCUAAACACUCCCCUCUACACUUCCGAGAGUGUUUGAGCCGCUCCAUACACUCCCUACCUUCCUCUACCCCCUCCCUCUCUCCGCAGCGCGUACCUGCCGUCCCGCCUAUCCGAGCAACUUCUCACGUUUGUUUAGAAGACUUUCUCAAACUGCUAGGAUUAGCCCGUUUUUGGACGCUGAAGGGGUUUAAAGUGUUCUCUUCCCCUCUAAACGCGUGGCCAAGAGCUGCUCGUCCUCCCAGGUGCUGCAAGGAGACUUUGGAGACUUUGGAGCAUGGCCGUGAACGAGAGAGCUGCCAGGGCUCUGAAAGAGAUCCUCAAACGGCCCGGGAACCAUACAUGCGCCGACUGUGGAGCUCCAGAUCCUGAGUGGGGAUCCUGUUCUUUGGGCGUGUUCAUUUGUCUGACUUGUUCUGGAAUCCACCGGAACCUCCCAGAUCACGCGAAAGUGAAAUCUCUCCGACUGUCCCGAUGGGAAGACUCAGAAGUGCAGUUUAUGGCAGAGAAUGGCAACGAGGCAGCCAAGAGUAAAUACGAGGCUCAGGUGCCAGUGUACUACUACAAACCCACUCACAAGGACUGCCAAGUCCUGAAGGAGCAGUGGAUCAGAGCUAAGUAUGAGAGGUUGGAGUUUAUUCAGGGUAAGAAGCCGCUGGUAUAUGAAGAGGGCACCAGAGAUGGAAUGCUAAUGAAAAGAGGCCGGGACAACGGUCAGUUCUUCAGCAGACGAUUUGUCCUGUCAGAGAGGGAGGGGACACUGAAGUACUUCACCAAGUUUGAUGCUAAGGAGCCUAAAGCCGUAAUUAAGGUGGAUACCAUCAAUGCGUCUUUCCAGCCAGAGAAAAUUGCCCACCCUAAUGGCCUCCAGAUCACAUACCUUAAAGACUUCAGCACACGCAACAUCUUCCUCCACCAUGAAAGCAGCAAGGAAAUAGUGGACUGGUUUAAUUCUAUCCGAGCAGUUCAGUUGCACUACUUAAAAGUAGCUUUUCCUGGAGCUUCUGACAUUGAGCUAAAACCCAAACUGACACGCAAUUUCCUGAAAGAGGGAUACAUGGAGAAGACGGGGCCGAGGCAAACCGAGGGUUUCAAGAAGCGUUGGUUCACCUUGGACCACAGGAAGCUAAUGUACUUCAAAGAUCCUUUGGAUGCGUUUGCUAAGGGUGAGGUGUUCUUGGGUCACCAGGAUUUGGGCUACAGCGCCAGCCUGGGCUUAACCCCAGGCGCCCACUGUAACGGUGCCUGGCAACACGGCAUCACCAUAAAAACACCAGAACGUAGCUUCCUGUUUACCUGUGAGACGGAGACGGAGCAGCUAGAUUGGUUCAAGCACUUUAAUGAGGUCAUCAACACACCAAUGUCACCGCAGGAGUACAGCAUGGAGGCCCUCUUCAAGCACAGACACUGAUGGAGCGCACCUCCCCUUUCAUCUCAGUCUCUGCAGCUAAAGGCUUGAGGCUUAAAGGCUAAGGGACAGAACACUACAUGUUUCAAUCCAUAUCUGAAUAUUUUAAAUUUCAAUAAGUACUUUUAGAGCUAAAACUGUAAUUAUGUAGGGCAAACACGAGUCACAAUUAGAAAAAGUAGAAAGAAAGUAACAGUUAAUGUAAAAUGUGUUUAGCCUGUUUACUGGAUCACACUUAAUUUGUAUAUUACUGUUAUAUACUGUAAUGUGGUUAUGUAUUAGUUUAAACUACCAAACUAUUGGUCUCACAUCUCUUGUUCUACAAGUGGCACAUCUUUGUAGAUCUAGCCUCUCCUGUAGAUUUUGAAUAGUGUUUUAAUUGCUUGUUUUCACUUAUUGAAGUGCAUCCAAGUGGUGACUUUUGUACUAUGUAAUAUUAGGCCUUUAACUUGACUUGUUAUUUGAUUUAUGCAUCAUGCCAACCCAAGUUUGUUUCUUAAUCAUUUAAAAAAAUGAUACAAUAUCAUGGGUCACUUUAGUAAUAUGGAAUAACAGUGCCUGUAGUACUUGUGACAUUAAAUGCAAGAAUUAAACACAAACAGUGUCAAUAUUUGUAAUAAAUACGACGCACAUUAAUACAC